AUGGACAUGUAUAUCCGAGGAAUUGAUGAGCCAAUCAUAUCUCGGAUAUUUGCUACAACCUUAACUGGAGCUGCACAGUCAUGGUUUUCUACCCUGCCUGCUAAUUCCAUUGGAUCUUUCAAAGAAUUAGGAGAAAAGUUCUUGCUGAGCUUUGCAACCAGCAAAAAGCAUCUGAAGUCCGAGUUUGCACUCGGAAAGAUACGACAGCUGGCAAAGUCAGUCUAUAAAGAUCCUCUAAGGAUGCUAGAGGAGUUCAAAACUCGGUCAAAGAAGUAUCUGAAACUCGAACAAAUGGAGAUAGCAAAUGCGCAGGGUGAAGAGAACAAGAGGACAAGUCCAAAAAGGAGAAGCUCGGCCCCAAGAGAAAAAGAACGACUCGAAAAUAAAAAGAAAGAUUGUCGUGGGAGAAUCACAGAUGAUAAAUAUCGGGUUGGAAGAUAUGAAAAGUACACCCCGCUAAAUGUGUCGCACUCUCAAAUAUGGAGGGAAGUGGCAAUGACAGACAUGAAGAAAGCAGAAAGACCCCGACCCAUAUUUGACAGAGGAGGAAUGGAUAGGUCCAAGUUCUGUGCUUUCCACAAUGGACCAGGACAUACCACUGAUCAAUGUUGGGAUCUCAGAGACGCUGUGAAAAAGUUUGUCAGAGAAGGAGAGCUGCGUCAAUAUGUCAUCAAGACGCUGGGACUGAAAAACAACAAGAGAAAACCCGGGGGUCGGAAUCGAAGCAAGAGCCCAGUUCCUGAAAAGAAAAAGAAGGAAGAUAAAAAUCAAAAGGAUGAUUCCAACAAUGAUGAAUUCCCAGAGGCCGAGUUCAAUUGCAAUGUGAUUAGUGGAGCCCUUAGAGGAGGGGAAGAUACAGUAAGUGCAAGGCGGAAGUACCUUAGAGAAGUGCUUUCAAUCAGAGAUCGUCCGAGGUUUAAAGAGGAUCCCAGUAAGCCAGAUCCUCCUUUACUCUACUUUACUAAAGAAGACAUGCAAGGUGUGCUACCUGGGCAUGUGGAUGGUCUAGUAAUCACUGAAACCUUGGUUAGUUGCCGGGUUAAAAAAAUUUUUAUAGAUGCAGACAAUUGGACUGAUAUCAUCCUAUGA